UAUGGAUGUGCCUGGCAUGGAAUUUUUUUUUUCGAAAUCGCCAUUUAUAGCUUACUCAAAGAAAAUUGCAGCUGGUAAAAGACAACCUCUGCUAUUCUCCUGUCGAAUGUUCUUAGCAGUUAUUAUGUUUUUUGGACUUCUUAACAUCUAUUUACAGAGAGUUGGAAUGAGUGUUGCAAUAGUUUGUAUGAUCAAUCAUACGGCCGUUGCCUCCUCAAACAGCCUGCAAUUCGAUAAUAGAACGGUAGACCCGAAUUGUAUAAAAUCUAUUAACAGAACAGAGUAUAUUAUGGAAGAUGGUAAAUUAGAAUACGAUAAGGUACAACAAGGUCAUAUUCUGGGAGCAUUCUUUUACGGAUAUUUGAUAAGUCAAAUCCCUGGAGGAAUUUUGGCUGAAAGAUUUGGAGGAAAAAAGAUUUUUGGAAUAUUUACAGCAAUCUCGACAGCAGCAACACUUUUAACACCUUCCGGAGCAAAAAUGGGAUUGGGAAUUCUCUUAUUUUUAAGAGUUUUGGUUGGUUUAGGGUCGGGUGCAGCAUUCCCAAUUUUACAUUCCAUUUGGAGUCAAUGGGCACCACCUUUAGAAAGAUCUAAAUUGGUGUCAUUAUCGUACGCAGGAGCAAUGAUGGGAAGUGUUGCUGGAAUGCCUCUUUCGGGUGCUCUUUGUGAAUUCGGCUUUGCAGGGGGUUGGCCGUCAAUUUUUUACAUUACAGGAUUAUCGACAGCCUUUUGGCUCGUGUUUUGGCUCAUAUUUGUCAGUGAUAAUCCCUCAAGUCAUAGCAUGAUAAAUGAAAAAGAAAAACUAUAUAUUAUUAAUAGUUUACAAGGGCAAUUGUUAAAGAAUCCUAAAAAUAACGGCUACUUCUCAGCUCUUCCCUGGAUAGGCUUGUGGGCGAAUAUGAGCAUAUCUCCCCUUAUUGCCGAUAAGCUUAUCUCUUCUCAUUAUUUAUCAAUCACAAAAACGAGAAAACUUAUGACUGCUAUCGGUGGCAUUGGAGCCUCUGCUUGCUUAGUUGGUCUAGCAUUCACGGAUUGUAGAGCUUACCCAAUUACAAUAGGCCUACUAACCCUUGGUGUAACCUUAAGUGGGUCCCAAUAUUCCGGUUUCCUCGUUAACCAUAUAGAUAUUGCCCCAAAGUACGCUGGAACGCUUUUUGGUAUAUCAAAUAUGCUUGGUUCAGUAGCAGGUUUUGUUGCUCCUCCAUUGGUCGGCUAUUUGACAAAGAAUCAAAGGAAAGAUCAGUGGAUGGUAGUACUUUUUAUAUCAUCGGGAGUACUCGUAUUCGGUUCAGUAUUUUUUAUUAUAUUUGGUAGUGGGAGGCUACAAAAUUGGACAACAGAUGACGAACAAGAAAAUGAGGAUGGGGCAGAAUUAAAGAGUAUGCUAUAG